UUCUUUUUGGUAGAAGAUACGCCAAACUCUGAAUUUAUGUGUUUUCCAUGGACUAUAUAGAGGGUCCAUUCUCACAGAAAAAAUAAGUGUGUCUGAUUUACCAAGAGGAAAAAAACCAAAAAAACAAAAACAGAAACCUGUAUCUUUGAAAUGUAGUUAUUAUUAUUAUACAAAAUUAAAGAGAGAAAAUAAAAGGAUUGAGAAAAAUAUGACAUAGCCACAUGCAGAUCAUAGUUUCUAUCCUCUUACCCUGAAUCUCUGCUUUGGCUUCUUCCCAAAUUCCACCAAAAAAAUUAUUGUUCUUCACAUUCUUGGCCUCCCCCCCAUUUCUUCCCCCAUUUCUCCUGUGUUUUCCCUCCAAUAUGCCAAAGUUUUGAGCUUCAACUGUUUAAUGUCAAGGAUUUCUCUCAAUCUGUGAGAACCCGUCUGGGGAAGAAAUUGAAAAGAACCCCUUUUUGUUUCAGAUUAAAACAUAUUCUACUGUUCCUUUGCUGCCCUAUAUUUCAAUCUAGGAACUGCUGAUUGAUUAAAUGGGUGUCCUCAGAAGGUAGCACUUUUUCAUGAUUUGGGUCUGAAUCAUUGGAGGAUGGAGAUGUCUACCCAGCAAGAUAAUUCUGUUCCCAACAAAGUCUCAGGCUCAGGUUCUUGCCUCUAUGAUCUCUUAUGUUCAGACACACCGGUUUGGAGAUGCCCUAGUGAUCGACGUACAUUAUCUGGUCCACAAGAAAGGCUGGAGAUUUUGUUGCAUCAAUCUGCCAACAGGUCCUGUGCAGAUUGUGGAGCUCUAGAUCCAAAAUGGGUAUCUUUAACGUUCGGAGUAUUUAUUUGUAUAAAGUGUUCUGGUGUACAUAGAAGCCUUGGAGUGCAUAUUUCGAAGGUUGUAUCAGUGAAGCUAGAUGAAUGGACAGAUGAUGAAGUUGAGAUCUUGGCAAGUAUGGGAGGAAAUACUACUGUAAACAAGAAGUACGAGGCUCACUUGCCGGAAAAUGUCAGCAAACCAAAACCAGAUUCUUCUAUAGAGGAGCGCUUUUAUUUUAUUAGGAGAAAAUAUGAGCAGCUAGACUUCUUGAACUCUGAUGAACAGAUGUCAUGUCCUUUCCCACCUAAUAAGAAAUCAAGCAAUUCAACUGUUAGUUCUACCCAAGAUAAGAAACAGUAUGAGAAACAACCAACGAAACACCGUAUUGGUCAGGCAUUUCGUAACAGCUGGGGAAGAAAAGACUCUGAACAUAAGACCGCAAAGAAGGGCUACUCAAUGCCGAUGGCAGGUAUGGUCGAAUUUGUUGGACUAAUUAAGGUGAAUGUGGUUAGAGGAACCAACCUAGUUGUACGGGAUAUGGUGACAAGUGACCCUUACGUCAUCCUUGCAUUGGGUCACCAAUCGGUGAAGACCCGUGUCAUAAAGAACAACCUUAAUCCAGUAUGGAAUGAGAGCCUGAUGCUGUCAAUUCCUGAUCACAUACCUCCUCUAAAAGUGCUGGUAUAUGACAAGGAUACGUUCAAAGCUGAUGAUUUUAUGGGUGAGGCUGAGAUUGACAUUCAACCUUUGGUGAGUGCUGCCAUAGCAUAUGAGAAGUCCUCAAUCAAUGAGCCGAUGCAGCUUGGAAAGUGGGUAGCCAGCAAAGAAAAUACACUUGUAAAAGAUGGUGUCAUCAACCUAGUAGACGGGAGAGUGAGACAGCAGAUCACUCUCAGGCUGCAGAAUGUUGAGAGGGGUAUACUGGAGAUCGAGCUUGAAUGUGUGCCUCUUAAUCAAUAGCCCGCAUUGGCCUAGAAAGUUAGAAGGAAAUGAAAUUAUGUGACCUUUAUGAUGCCGAGGUUUGCAACUCACCACGAGAGAUGUAUGUAUGUUAUACUGUAGAAGUCAUUAUAUCGAUAGCUCUGUCAAGCGAGUCUUGGUUGUAUGUUGCUGUAGUUUUUUGCUUUCUAAUCUGUGGAUAAAAAUUUUAGCUAGGUUUUCACUUCAUGGUACGCAGAUGGAUUUGAUUUUUUUUUUUUUGGUUCUUUUUUAUUCUGGAUGGAACUUUUUAAACAUUGUCCAGUUUGGGAAAUUUGGAAAUUCAUGAAUCGACAUCUACUUGACUUAAA